AUGCCUACCUCGUUUGAAGAGAAAACCGCGAGUGCCGAAGUUGAGGUUAUCGAACGGGCUCGAUCAGAGGCUCGUCAUAUACCAGUCCAUGAAAUCCCCCUCGACCUGGACGACCCACACAAAGCCGCUCUGGAAGACAAUCCUGAGAAGGCAGAGACCUUGACGUGGACCACUCUGUUAGCUAUAGUGUCCCUGGCGUUCUCCUACGUCUGCCCAAUUUCUUGUGGCUUCACUCUGGUCACAGGGAUUUUGGUGCCUAUCGGUACCGACCUUGGUGACACCGAACAUCUUUCCUGGAUCGUGGGUGGAUGGAGCAUUGCGUCUUCCGUGAGCUUCUCACUGGCGGGGUCAUUGUCAGAUGUCUUCGGUCGACGAUGGACAAUUGUGGCCGGCGAAAUUAUUGCCAUUGUUGGCUCGAUUAUAGCGUGUACCGCCAAAUCGACACUCAUGCUUGCCGCCGCAUCGACAGUCAUUGGUUUCGGAUGCGGUAUUAUCUUCGUCAGCUACGCGGGAAUCCAAGAACUCGUCCCCAACAAAUGGAGAGGCUUGCUAGGGCUUACCGAAUGUGCUAUGGUCCUACCCUGGGCGCUCGCCGGGACGCUGAUAGCGACGACCCUGAAUGCUAACACGGCCGCAAAAUGGCGAUGGUGCUAUUACAUUGGCAUCAUUUAUGGCGUCUUGAGUUUGAUUGGAACCCUGAUCUUCUACUGGCCGCCUCCCCGUCCUCAGUAUGAUUUCUUCAAGUCCCGUUGGCAGCAAGUCAAGGAAGUCGACUAUGUCGGCUUUCUCUUGUACACCGGGGGCCUGACGAUAUUUCUGAUCGGACUGACUUGGGCCGGGACCGAUGGACAUGCCUGGAAAUCCGCCUCUGUGGUUGCGCCCAUCGUUGUGGGUUUGUUAACCCUGGCUGCCUGUUUCGUCUACGACUUUACCCUGGCGAAACAACCAUUCUUUCCAUAUUCCUUGUUCCGGCAAGUACGCGAGUUCACCGUCCUUUUGGUCGUGGUCUUCGUGGCAGGCUUCGUUUUCUAUUCUUUUGCAGGCCUGCUACCUCAAGGGUCUCUCUAUAUGUUCACGAGCGACCCGAUCCAGAUCGGCGUCAUCGCUCUGCCCAACGGUUGCGCGCAGAUUCUCUUCGGCGGCAUCGCGACACUUUUCAUGGGCAAAGUUGGUCAUUUGAAGCUUCAAGUAAUUGUAUUGCUGGUUUUUCAGACAAUAUUUACGGCGGCUUAUGCUGGUGUGGUCCCCACUGACCGGGCGGGAUGGAUGGCGUUCCAAUUCUUCGGAAUGGGUCCUUUUGCCAUGAUUACUCUCCUCUGCUAUGUGAUUGCGGGAUUGAACGUGCCUUUGCGUCACUUGGGAAUUGCUUCCGGGUUGAUUGGCACAUUUCGCAGCGGUGGUGGGAGCGUGGGCAACGCAGUCUUCAACACGAUCCUCAACGGUGAGGUGAAGAGCGAGAUCCCAAGGAAGCUCGCAGACGUUGCGACAGCUUACGGUCUCUCCUCACAGCAACUCGCAGCUCUUAUCUCAGCCACGGCGCAGAAUGCCGUAGGCGUGCCAGGGGCUUUCGCCACGGUUCCUGGAAUAACUCCCGCGAUUGAGAAAGCGGCGGCACUUGCUUACAGACAAGCGUACGCCUUUGCUUUCCAGAGAGUUUUCUACUCGUCUAUUCCUUUCGGAGUCAUUGCCAUAGUCUGUGCACUGUUCAUUAGGGACCCCUCUCAGUACCUCACCAACCACACCGCCGUCCACAUGGUCAGAGAGGGGGCUCUUGGAAAGACUCCCCGGCAACAAAAUCCGGAGGCAGAGGAUGGAGCGAAGUGA